UGGCUGAAAAACAAGCAAUGGGGUAGCUAAACAAUUAGCUUUCUCGCACUUAACGAUACUUUUCGGUUGGUGGAGUUAGCUCACUUUCGCAACUCUAGGCGGCUAAUUUGCUAAGAUACGCGGUGUUUGACUAACCUAUUACUUUGGUAACAGUUAGUAAAAUGCUAAGCUAUUGCCCUGGUAAGCAGAAACACAAGCUCAGCAAACUAACCUUGGCGUCUGGACAAUAUCUCUGCAGAAAACACAAUUUCGUCCGCUAUUGCCUGAGAAGGACAGGUCAACCUUUAGCUAUGUUUACGUUUCUAUUCCUAAAUGCGCUUACUUUGUUAUAAAAGGCAGCUGUGUGGAACGAAAUUGUGGACUGUUCAGUGUUAAUAGUAAACGGUCCGACUCCGCCCCCUCAUCCGGGCUGCACCGGAGAAGAAAGCGAUUGCAAUAGCAGAUGACGCAUGCGCAUUAGCGUCAACAAUGUGGCCGUCCUUCAGUAGAAGUGUUCAGCGGUUGAUUCAGCCACAAUACGUUUUGCUCUCAAAAGUGUGUGUCCACCAGGUGCACAGCAGUAGAACUAGGUUUACAGACGGCUGCUAUGAUGGGCUGUAUCCUGGACAUAUCCACACCACUCCCAUCCAGAAAGCCCUGUUGGCUGUGGGGUCAGGAGUGGCUGCACUACAAAACCCCUACAGACAUGACAUGGUUGCAGUGCUGGGGGAGACAACAGGACACCUAGCGUUGAUAAAUCUCAGGGAAAAGAUGAGAAACGACCCUGAAGGCUACACUAUCCUAACAGAAAGGCCCAGAAUCCGUCUGUCUACGCUUAAUCUGAGCGAGAUGUCCUCUCUGCCCGACGGAUCUUUUGGGAGGGAAUACUGUCGUUUCCUGGAGGACAAUCAUGUGACUCCAGACUCAAGGGCAGACGUGAAGUAUGUGGACAAUGAGGAGCUAGCUUACGUUAUGCAGAGAUACAGAGAGGUCCAUGAUUUACUGCACACCUUACUGGGCAUGCCCACCAAUAUGUUGGGUGAAGUGGCAGUGAAAUGGUUUGAAGCUGCUCAGACUGGCCUUCCCAUGUGUACGCUUGGAGCUGUGCUGGGGCCACUGCGGUUGAAUCCAAGCCGUCUACAGCAGCUGUUCACAUCCUUGGGCCCUUGGGCUCUUCACAAUGGUCGUCGGGCCCGCUGCGUCCUCAGUAUCUUCUACGAGAGACGAUGGGAGCAGAACAUCGAAGACCUCCGACAAGAGCUCAACAUAGAGCCACCUCCUGUCAUACUCAGUGCUACCAAGAAGUGAAACACAUGAGUAAAGACACACAAAAAAAACAAGAAGCAAAAUUAAGGAAUCGCCCUAGCUAAAGACUUUUUAAGCUGGGAAAAACUGAAACAUGUGAAAAGGGCGUACACUAGAGAUGGACGUUAGUAACUAAGGAAGUGAGGAAAUUGAACAGUUACUAAACUUUGGGUUUCCCAAUUAUGUGAAUCACCUUGAGUGCCGUAAAUUAUUCUGAUGAAACGCUUGAGUUUUUAAGCCUUCCUUAUGCUGCUGAAAAGAUCCGGUUCAAAAUGACAGGUUCAGUCACUGUUGUUGAGAAUGUGAGAGCAAGUAUGUAUUGGUUUAAAGAAGAAGAAUUAAUAACUGUAUUAUGUCAUUAUCAAAUACUUACCGAUAAACUGGUGUCAUCUGUAAUUGGGUUUGAAAAGUAGGGAUGCACCGAUCCCAUACUGAGUUUUGGAUAUGAUAUUAGACAGGGAACAAUGUAAAAUCCCAUAUUAUACAUUAGCCUAAACAAUCAACAACUGUCAUUGACGUGUAGGCUACAUUGAGUGUUGAGUUAUAUCAAGUAUUUUACACUAGAAUUGUUUUUCCCCUGUUAUUCUAAAUACCCAGAUUUUACUUUUGCACAAAGCUGCACUUUCAACAAUUCAUGAGUGUUUUAAAUGGCUUCUUUAGCAAAGUGCAUUGAUACCAAUUAUAUAUUAAAAAUGGUAUUGAGCUAUCUCUUAUAUUCAUUUUGGUCCAUCAGCAUAAUUGUUAUGCCAAUUGUUAAAUGGUUAUUUCGUGACACAUGUUGUAGUUUAUUAUAAUCGUGACUAUAUUCGGUGUCAUAGUUUUCACUUUGCAGUUGCACACUAAUUGAUGGGAAAGGAGCAGAUGCUUCUGUUAUCUUAUCACCAUCACAAAAUAAAUAUGAUGCAUCCCGUAUUUAUGGUCAUGAUGAGGAACAGGAAGUAUGUAUUUCUUGGCAGGUGUAUGACAUAAGCAAACAAUCCCCUUUAAACUUUAGUUCCAAGCAUUCUCAGUAAGAAACAUUUCAUCAUAGGGUUAGUUUAGUUAUGAGUGUCAAAUGUGAAGAGAUUCAUUAAAUACUCUCCCAGCAUACAUUUAGUUCAGGGUCACGAUGCAAAUGUUUAUUUGGACACAAGGCACAAGAUAAACAUGUGCACAACUGCAUAUAAACAUGUAACAACUA